UUUCUAUCCUUUUGGGUCUACAACAUCCAGCACAUCUAGUCAUCACUGUCUAGCCACAGCAACAGCAUCAUCUACCAAAGGAGCCUGGUCUUCUGUGUGCCACAGUGGAUGGAUUUGCCUCUAUUCUGGACAGAUUUAAGACUCAUCCUGGUACUUUUCAUGGAAUAUCCAGUCUUAAUGGAUGGAUUCACCUGCUACAAUCACGAUUUCUGACCUUCCAGGACUGUAGGGUCAUUUCUUUUACUUUAUCUUGUACGUGACACAGGAGUAACGCCUGAGGAUGUGGGCAUCUGCGACUGUGUUGACUGUAAUCUACAUCACUCUACCAGGGUCAUGGAGCAGUAAGUGGGUGGUGAGCUUCUCCAGAAAAGACAUCUGCGUCUGGGCCGGAACCACAGUAACGCUGCCCUGCCGCUACGAUUACCCGUCGCCCUACUCUGCCAAGCAGGUGAUAUGGUUCCACAUCACAGCGGACGGCAGAUGGGACAUAGCCUACCACACAGACGCUAACAUGGUGAGCCCCUCCUACAGAGACAGGAUCAAGUACAUGGGGGGCUACAAGAGGUGCAGUCUGCAGAUCACCAACGUUAAGCUGAGCGAUGACGGCCAGUACCACUUCAGGUUCGAGACGGACCAGCCGCAGAGCAGGUGGACCUCACCAGACUCCAUCAGUCUGUCAGUGACGGUUCUGCAGGUACAAGUGCGUCCAGCUCGUAUUGGGAACAUGUUUGCUUCAGGAGAGACUGUGUUUCUGAGCUGUGUAGCUCGAGGCUGUGCAGCCGCCAGCAGGAACUUCGCCCUUUAUCGGAAUGGGGUCAACUUAGGAUACGCAGACAAGGUGUCCACCAUCUACAACUUCAACAACCAGCAUGCUGGUACCUACUACUGCAGACCAGUCCCCCCCCAGAACGUCCAGUCCCCAGGCAUCACCCUGGCUGUGGGAUAUGCUCCACGUCACACCACCGUGCAGGUCAGCUCCCGAGGGCCGAUGCUGGAGGGGGACUCUGUGACCCUGACCUGCAGCAGUGAGGGAGCUCCACCUGUGGAGAGCUUUGCCUGGUUUAGGGAGGGUGAGAGCGGCAGUGUGCCGGACAGCUUCAAACCCGAGCUCAGGCUCUGGACUCUGGACUACAGGGAUCAUGGAGAGUACUUCUGCGUGGCCCGUAACUCCCUCGGCACCGACCGGUCCCGCCCAGUUCUGGUCAACGUUACUUACUCUCCCAAAAAUACAAAGGUCCUAAUUAGCCCCAGAGGCGACAUCAUGGAGGGCUAUUCGGUCAACCUCACCUGCAUCAGCAACGCCAACCCUCCAGUGGAGAAAUACGCCUGGUACAAGGUGGGUGGGGGUCAGCCCUGGGCCAGAGGGUCGUCCCAGAACCUCACCUACUCCAGCGUGCGCUCACACCACAGUGGACAAUACUACUGCACUUCAUGGAACGUUAUUGGUGUGGGGACGUCCCCCUCUGUCACUCUGUCUGUUCUGUACGCCCCCAAGAACACCUCGGUUUUGGCUCGGCCCUCUACUGUGAUCGAAACGGGUGCUUCGCUGACCCUGACCUGCAGCAGCCAGGCUAACCCGGCCGUGGAGAACUACACCUGGCACCGGAUCAAUGCGGCUGACGCCUGGGUAACACGAUCGGGCCCCAGCUACACCAUCGCUGAGGUCAGCUCCGGGGCCAGCGGCCAGUACUACUGUCAGGCCCGCAACCGCAUCGGCGUCCACAGCUCUCCUGUCCUGACUGUGCGGGUUAGAGGUCGUUUGAAGGUGAUUGCAUUGGCGUCUGCAGUGGGUGUGUCCGUUGGGCUCAUCACACUGACUGUGGCCGUCAUGAUCAGUAAGAAUAUGCACCGGGUGGACACUGAAAUGCUGGAUGAGGACAAGCAGCUGGGAUCCCCCAUGGAAGUGGAUACACUGUUUUAUGAAUGCCCCCCGCAAACAUUUCAGCACCAGAAGACGAAGAUGGCUGACAUACCAGAAGAACCAGAAGAAGUGUAUGAGAGUCUUCAUCCUGCCAUCGUUCCCCUGAAGGAAGCUGAGAACACUGGUGGAGAUAGGAACGAUGGGAAAGUCAAGUAUUUGACAGUGCAUUACACUCGCAUGCCCAGUCUUGACCAGGCACAAAUCACAAAGGUACCACUGGAUGGCACAAAAGAUCCUAAAGCUGGGCCCAGUGUUGUUUACUCUGUGUUGGCCAAACAGCCGUGACAGUGUUUUGAAGAAUUCAGAUUUUUUAAUGGUUCGUGUAUGACUGAUUUUAUUUUUGUCUUAUUACUAGAAAGAUUUGUCCAUUUAAUGAUAAAAUAAACCUCAGAUAUACAUAAUAUGUCCAAAAGUUUGUGGACACCCCUUUAUAGUGAAUGCAUUCAGCUACUUUAUGUUGCACCCAUUGCUGCAUUGCCAAUAGAAUAUGACCUUAUGGAGCAGAUACUCAUGAACCUAUUGGCACCAUGUCCAAUGCCAGGUGUGGUCUAUAAAUAGUUUUUAUGGCAUAAAGCCCAUUGGUCUUAUAGUUGUGGAGCAGUGGAACUGUGUUCUCUGGAAUGAUGGAGCACCACUCAAUUUCACCUUAUUCACUCCGCGCCCAUGUUGAUACAAAAGUGAGGCUGGGGAAAUUUUAAAGCAGCGGGGGAGCCAGUAGAAUAUCCACCAGUUUAAAUGGCAGCAUUUGUGGACAAGUAAACUCACACACCUUCGUGAAUAAACAGUGAAAUCAUUUGAAAAAUGGUUUGAAAAUAAGUGCAAGAUUCCCCGGCUGUUUUACUAAAAGGCUACAGCAACUGGAUUGAGGGUUAUGUGGUAAUUACCUUUGUUUUUUGUAUGGAAAGCUCACGUCUUAGCUAGGCUAGUUUGCUAGCUAGUUAGUUACUAAAUACCCUGUAGUUGGUCUAACUACAUUCCUCCUUACAAGCUUUACUGAACUAUCUGUCCUGGUAAAUAAUGUGGGCACAACUUCCUUCUUUAACUUUCUCAUUCCAAUCAGUGUCUUAAAAAAAACAUUUUUUUUCAUAAAGUGCUCUGAACUUACUUUUGUGUCCACGUUAAUUUGUAAUAUCAAAUCAGACAUAAAAUUAAUGUUAACAUGACCAUUAAAUACAGCCAAAUACAGUCCAGCUAAGCAUGUAAGUGUUCACUUUUGUAAGACCAGGCUCCCCACAGUAGAAUAUUAACUAGGUAGCUAAGCUAAGCAGGCUACUCUAAAAAGAGCUAUGGCUUGAUUAACAUUACCCCUCCACUUGUUUUGACAUUAAACCGAGAAAAUAACAAGUCCAGGGUUAAUCAAGUCAUAGCCACCGAACAGGGUUUAGCUAGCUUGCUAUUGCUUGUAAUAUGGCUAGCGUUAGCUAGCUAGCACAGUAACAUAGAUCUUAAACUGAAAUGGCACUACUGAAAUCUAAAAUCACUACUGAAACUGAAAUCUCUACUGAUUUAGUGAAUCCAUUCACAGUGAAGUACAGGAUCUUUUGGGAACACAGCCUCUUUUGGUAGACGAUGGUGACGUAGGUGAAUAAAGCAUAUAGCUGUGGGGUGGUGAUAAUCCAACAUUCUAAUGUCGGUAGAGCUCUUUUUGCUCAAAUCCUCACAGUAAUUAUCCAAAAUCUAGUCAAAUUUUGUUUACAGCCCCUAUGUGUGGAUACAAUGAUUUUGCACAUAUGGUCUAUCUCAAUACAAAACACUGUAAAGUCUUUGCACUUUUAACUAUGCUACAUAGCUAACAAAGUAAAAAUGCUGAUUAACACAAUGUCAUGUACUGUAAAAUACGCCACACUAGCUGAUUGGUUGAAUUAGCUAUUUAAUAAUUAUGGAUGCUUUAGUGCUGCUAGUUAGCAUGAUAGCAUGCAAAGUUAGGAAUGCUAACAAUGUUUGGUUAAACUAGCAUUUGGCAUUAUGACAGAGCAUCAUUUGCAGUAUUAAGGGAAACAAAUUGUCCGAUUUUAUAAUAUAUUAACCUUGGAUAUCACUGGAUGUCACAAUGGUUUAAACUCCAAAGUGAAGUGAAUUUAGCACCCUGUAUCUUGAUAGCAAAAAACAUUGAAUAAAUAUUCAUUUUUUACUGUAUAAAAUCCUUUAAAGAGCCACUAACCCCUAAACCACAUUUUGAAAUGUAAAAAAUGCUUUUAUUGUGGAAAUUUCUGCCUCUGCAUCUGUUUAUGUUGAAAUUCUGUUAUUGAAUCAAAGUUCAUUUGAAGGUUCUGAAUGGGUGGGGCAACAAUGCUUUUAGGAGAAAGGUGCUCCCCACAAAUAAUAAUAUUAAUAUUAAUAAUUAUUAUUUAAAUAUCCCUUUCUACACUGCAAGACCACAGUACAUGCUACUUAUUUAAUGUAAGUAAAGUUUAAUACAGACAAUACAUAUGAAUUCGUAACAUUAAAUCAUUGUAAAUUCAAUGUGCACAAAUAAAUCGGUUCUAACAUCAAAGACAAGCUUUGUUACAAUGCAUUAGCAAUGGGAAAAUGAUUUAUUGAUUCAAUGUCCUGUUGCUAUCUGGGUCCUGUUCCACUGUCCAACAGAUUUUUAAUUUUGAGUUUGGUUAGGAUGGCUCUGUUAAGGAUGUAGGAGAAGCAAUAGUCAAUAUCAUGAAUGUUAUCUAAAUUUGUCUCUUUUUGUCUGAUAUCUGUUAAUUAACUUGUGUUAUUUAUGUAUGUUCAUAAUUCUGAAUAUGCAACAAUAGAUCACCAGCCUUAUAAUGUAUUAUGAUGUACUUAACUAACAUACUGUUUGAUUCAUUUCUGAUGGAUGGAAUUAUUUGUUCCACUGAUCUUCAGUCUUUCAAUAAAACCAUUAUGGACAAAACAGCUGAUCUGCUAUCUGAUGUGGUUUUGUGUUUGGUAAGGCCACAGUUAGCAAUAUCAGGAUAAUAUUGACUGAAUUUAUUAUUUUAUUUUAAAUUAAUAUUAUGUUUUAUUAUUUAUUUAUUAUUAUCUCACUAACUAUACAAGCUAUACAAGGCGAUUUCUACCAUGGGCUUCGCAAACCAUCCAAUUAUGAUAAUGUCUGGCAUUACCAUUACUCAGAAUGAUGGGAAGAAAAGGGGAGGCACACAGUCAGUAGUGAUGGGUUUGAAUUAUCCGGCUCUAAGAACUGGCUCUUUGAAAUGAACAACAAGAGCCAGCUCCCGAUUGUG